AUGGUUGAUUGGAAAACCUCGAAGGAAAUAAAGGCAGAAGGCAUCGCUUUCACUAAGGUGGUCUAUGUCCUGUUUGGGAUUUACAUAUGGGAAAUCUGCACGACUGGCGGAUUCGAGUUAUCUGUGUUCUUGGGUAGGCGCAAGCUGGCUUGGCCUUUGGUUUUCUUCUUUCUGUGCCGUUACAGCAUGCUCUUUGCUUUCAUUGGAUUGAUCAUCUUCGUUAAUAUAUCCACGAAGAUUGAUUGUAAUGCCGUGUACACGUUCACUUUUGUCGCAGGCAAUUUAACAAUUCUAAGUGCCUCCACUUCGCUGAUGAUUAGAACCAUGACGCUUUGGGAGUGGGAACGUCGGGCAGUUCUGUCGAUGCUUGCCUUGUCAUUUGGGAAGUGUGCGAUCCUAAUUGGCACCAUAAUGACCGUGCAAGCAUCAUGGGAUUCCCAAGCUGGGGCUUGUAUAGUUGUCAGGACAAAUCACAUCCUCUUGAACCUGAACUACGCCUACACCAUGUCAUUUGACUUUUUGAUUUUGGUGAUGACACUGUUCGUUCUCAGAAAACGUUUCAGGCAUGAGGAUCUUUCGGGCCUUCUUCGUCGUGAUGGUUUGGUUUACUUCCUCAUCACGUCGACCUGCAACACCGUUCCAGCUGUCUUAGCUGCUCUCAAUUUCAAUAAUGAGAUGAAUGUCAUCGCGAUGGUGCCCGCUGCUGCAGUCUCAGCUAUUACUGCCUGUCGUGUGUUUAUUCACCUUGAUGCAUACAACAAAGGCGACGGCGAAAAGCCUCACAAUAACCCGUUGUCGGUUAAUCACAAUUCCACCUCUCCUUCAGUUAGCCCUAGAAGUCCUAGUUCAUCGCCAGGUCCUGUCAGCUUCUUGCCAUUGCCCAGUCCUAAGACAACGACGCUGGGGAUUCGUGCCACUAUGGGCACUGUUGAUUCGUUCGGCAAAUUGAGAAGAUCUAAUUAUAAUGCGUUCCAGCCCACCACAAUCCGCCAGGAGGAAGUCCCCUUACGAGCCAAUUACGAGCGCGACCUCACUUCGGUAGACUCUGAGUCAGACUCGAAGUCCUCACGGUGA